CUUCGUUUUAGUUCGUAUUUUAUUCGCGUCGAGUGCACACGGUCUUUUGAAUCCCUCUUGCAAUACAAGUGUUCCAUUAUUUUGUUUUUCAUAGAAUUUCCUGAUGGCUAAAUUCGUUAAGUACAGUGAUUUCCUGUCUCCCAAUUAAACAAAUUUGUGGUUUAUUCGAAAGAACUCUUUAUUCAGCAAAAGAAACUGUUUCGCCACCAAAGGCUCAAGUUUUCGCUACGACCCGCCCUGGUGACAGCAUACAUGUAUUAUCCGGACGGUUUGUUCCAGAAAAUGACCAUUUCUUUGAUGUUCCGUGUCAACCCCAUUUACUAUUCGGACUACUCCGAUACGAACUAGGCUUGUACCUAAAAUUAUUGAAAUUACUUCAAAAGAAACGUCUGUUUUGCCAUUGGCUUUACCAUUUCGAAUAUUACAAGUUCGGAGUCUACCCAAAAGACAUCACCUGACAAUCAAUAUAAGUACUCGGUCUCAAGACUUGACUGUACAUUAUGGAUAUUGUGACAAAUUAUCACCCGGUCCUCAAGGCCUUCCUAGCCGGUUCCUUCUCCGGAACUUUCAGCACCAUCCUCUUCCAACCUUUGGACUUAGUGAAGACGAGGCUGCAGAACCCCAGUCACCAUGUUGUUGCGGCGACUGUCAACAGCCGAGUCCAACCCGGCAUGAUAACAAUCUUCGCGAACAUAGUACGCCAGGAGCAAAUCGCUGGGCUAUGGCGCGGCAUGGUGCCCUCCAUAGCCCGCUGCGUUCCCGGCGUCGGCCUUUACUUCUCGUCGCUCCACUGGCUGAAGGCGAAGCUCGGCAAGACCAGGAACCAGGAUCUGGGGCCAUUGGAAGCCGUGAUGCUGGGCGUCGUCGCGAGGACCAUGAGCGGCGUCGCCUUGAUUCCAAUUACUGUGAUAAAAACGAGAUACGAAUCGGGUGUGUACAAAUACAACAGUUUGGGUGGUGCACUGAAAGCUAUUUACAAGGCGGAGGGUCUCAGAGGUCUGUCAUGCGGCCUGGGGCCGACUCUGGCGAGGGAUGCACCAUUUUCGGGACUCUACCUCAUGUUCUAUACACAGGCGAAGCAAUCUGUUCCUAAAGAAUGGAUGCAAUCCCCCAGCGCAGCCAGUGUCAUACAUUUCAGCUGUGGCAUCAUGGCCGGUAUAGCAGCUUCUUUGGCAACGAAUCCGGCCGACGUGCUCAAAACUAAGAUGCAACUGUACCCGGACAAGUUUCCCAACGCGUUCAGUGCUGCCCUCUAUGUUCAACAGACUUACGGCUUCAGAGGCUACUUCAAAGGGGCUGUUCCAAGAAUGCUGCGUAGAACUCUAAUGGCUGCCAUGGCCUGGACUGUAUUCGAAGAGAUAACGCGAUCAAUAGGCUUGAAAUGAUACACAAUCGAUUACAAUUCGAUUUUUGAAUAAUACAUAAACUCGCUUUUUGGUAAGUCGAGUGUUGGGUGCUAUGUUCCUAGAAUUUUUGUAAUAUUUUCAGGUUAUUUUUUUGUUAUUCCUUGUGUAACCAAUGACUAUAACCAUGUAAUAAUAUUUUUCUUAGACUAAUGCCACAGUUACUGGGUAUUUGUUAUAGGUUUUUGUUUUUACAAUAGGAAAUCAUGUUAUACGUGUAAACAUAGUUGUAAAAUGUGAUAUUUUCCGUACCAAAUAAAGAGUGAGCCAUAUU